AUGGCGAGCGCAGCGCAGUCGACGGCGGACGCGGAGAUCCAGGCGCCGCCCGGCGACGGCGUCUCGUGCCUGCGCUUCGGCUCACGCUCGCAGCUGCUGGUCUCCUCCUGGGACUCGACGCUGCGCGUGUACGACGGCGCGCGCCUGCGCACGCGCGUGGACCUGGAGGCGCCCGUGCUGAGCUGCUGCUACGGCCAGGGCGACGGCGAGGCGUUCGCGGGCGGCCUGGACUGCGCCGUCAAGCAGAUCGACCUCAACACGCGCCAGGUGGCGGCGACGCUGGGCGCGCACGCGGCCGCCGUGAGACACGUGGGCUACUCGAAGGAGUUCGGGCUGGCCGUGAGCGGCGGCUGGGACGGCGCCCUCAAGGUGCUGGACGUGCGCAGCGGCGGCGGCGCGCAGAUCCACGCGGCGCAGGUGCCCAGCAAGGUCUUCGGCCUGGACGUGCGCGCGCACGUGCUGGCCGUGGCCUCGUCCGAGCGGGAGCUGGCGGUGUUCGACCUGCGCAACUUCUCGCAGCCGAUGGUGCGCAAGGAGAGCCCGCUCAAGUACCAGAUGCGCUGCGUCAGCGUGUUCCCGGACCUGCAGGGCGUCGCGCUCGGCUCGGUGGAGGGCCGUGUGGCGCUCGAGUACUUUGAGGACGACGUGCCGGCUGAGCCGGCCCAGACUCAGGACAGGAAGAAGCGCAGCUACGCGUUCAAGUGCCACCGCGGCAAGGUGGACGACCAGACGCUUAUUUAUCCGGUUAACUGCAUCGCCUUCCACCCGACGCACGGCACGUUCGCCACGGGCGGCUGCGAUGGCGUUGUCAACCUCUGGGACGGCGCCAACAAGAAGCGCAUCACGCACCUGCGCCAGUACCCGACGAGCAUCGCUGCCAUGGACUUUAACCACGACGGAUCGGUGCUGGCUAUUGCAGCCUCGUACACGUACGAACAGGGCGAGAAGGAGUACGUGCAGGUUGAUGCUGGGGUGAUAGUGAUGUCGGGCUUACGUUUAUUAUUUGUUUUAUACAGCCAUCCGAACGACGCCAUCUUCCUCCAUACGGUGCAGGACUCGGAGGUGCGACCUAAGAAGAAGGCCGCCGCAUAGACGACAGGAGGCAUCAGACAAGAAAAUGGGGCGAAGCGCAGUUGCAGCUCACAAAGAGGGGCGUCGUAUGAGCCCGCGUCCAAGCGGUCGUCUUGUUGGUCUGCAGAGCUCGAGUACGUUGAGAAGAAAUAGAGCUGUCCUGGUAAUGGUGG